UCCAGAAUAUAUAUACCAUCUCUGUGUUUCAAAAUAAAAUUCUGAUGUCUUGCUCAGAUGUUUCCGACGUGCAAGUCUCUUAUGACCUCUUAUAUAAUUCAAUAACAGGUACUGCCAAUGUUUUCAAUCUUCGGUUGUUUAUAUGAAUGGUAUGCAACACAACACAUUUCUUGGUUGUUUCAUGCUUUCUGUUCAAGUAGCAUUCUGGAAAUAGAAUUUUAUUUUGUAUUUAAUUGACAUGUAAAUUCCAACUAGAUCUCAACCAAAUAGGCUGUAAUCGGUGACUGAGCUUUAGUAUAUCAUGCAUUGGUUCAGAGAGAAGAGCUAGCAGAGAGAGCUUCGAUAAGUAGAGUAAACACGUUGACAUAGAAACAUGCUGUGGCAGCCAUGGGUGAAGCUGCUACUUCUCUAUGUACUAGACUAUGACAAGAAGAACUUCCUUGGCCUGGACUCAGUUUGAGCUGGUAUGUGAGAUCAUUUUAAGAACUUCAAUGACUGAGACUUCUCACCUUCUAGUGUUACAACCAUUAACGAUCAUUUUAAUCUCUCUGAUCAAUUGCUGACCCUGUUACAAGAUGUCAAGAUUUAAUGUGCUCUGCUCAAAUGUUAACUUAUUAAAUAACUCACUGUAGACUUCACUUGCUCUAACUCGCCAUUCUAUGCCCGUGUCUAUUAAACUCUAACUCGAGACCUAGAGGGGACAGGGAGUGAUAUAGCUAAAAGACCACUGAUGACCGCAAUGUUCUUGCAGGUUUGUAAAGUUUUAAAUAUUUUGUGUCACUCUCCGCUGUGCUGCUGGGAGCAGUUGAACCAAAUUAUGUAUUCAAGAUCACAUUUUACACACGAAAUCACCAGCUUUCUCUGAGUGAUAUAUAACAUACCAGACAUGAGUUAUUUAUAGGCAACAACUCCUAAUAAACCUGUUUAUAUUCUAUAUAUUACCCCAUGUCCCCAUCUAUCAACCCUGUUAUCAAAUAAUUAAAUUUGUUGUUCUGUCUGACUGUCUCCCCCACUUUAAUUUUUAAUUUCUCAGACCAAAAGGUUAAACAGAGCUUAUUCUGCUAUGUAAACUUACAAAACAUGCGUUCAUAGCUUAGGUAAUGCUCCACAGCACAAGUAACACAACAGCCUGAUAGUGUCUUCGUAUAAUCACAUGUCCACUGUACUAUUCCCAUUAUUAAUACCUAAUGCCAUGCACUUGUACUAAUAUAUUAGAACAUCCCAAUAGAUUAUUAAUAGUUACACACCAGGUUCCAGGCGGGAAUAGCCUUCAAAUUCGAAGUAAUCAUCUAGCUAGCUGCUUAAAUUUCCUAAGCUCUUCCAUAAUCCCCUUUAAAUAUCAGAUUUCACACACAAAUACUCACAACUCGACACUGUUCUUUAGAUAGUUCACAUUUUGUAAGUGAAAUAAUUGAUCUAUGGCCGCCAAGGCAAGAUCGAGCACAGAGCUUUUGAUCCCAAACAAAAAGCACUACUAUGGCCAUACGAAUCAUAGUAGUAGGAGUAGCAGUGUAGAUCAAGAAAGCAGCAAGAAUAUAUGGGUGGAAACCGAACAAGUUAACAAGUCCAAGAGGAUUAGCAGAAGUGGUGGUAGUAAACUAGUCGAGGUUGUGUACUACAUUUCUUCUCCAAAUGGCAACCUUCAGCAUCCUCAUUUCAUGGAGGUUUCUCUCCCUCAUUCCUCCCAUGAACUCCACUUUAAAGAUGUGAUUAACAGAUUAAACGAACUCCGAGGAGAGGGAAUGGCCAGCAUGUACUCAUGGUCUUCAAAACGGAGCUACAAGAACGGAUACGUGUGGCAAGACCUAUCUGAAAACGACAUCAUUAAUCCAACAAACGGCAAAGAUGAAUACAUAAUCAAAGGCUCCGAGCUCAUCCAACACUCUUCUUCAUCUACCAUAACAUCCUCUGAAUCCGCGUCUCAAAACAUGCCUGAGAAAUGCAAUGAAGGCCGAAAAAUCACUGCAUCUCCAGCAAAAAUAGUCAAGAGAAGGAACCAGUCCUGGAGCUCAUUUGAUAACCCUCCUACAACAAAUGAGAACAAAGUGUAUAAAUGUGAGUCUAGCAGAGGGUUCGCAGGAGUUGUGACGGGGAAAGAGAAUGCCUUAGAGGUCUGUGGGGAAGAUGUGUCGCCUACAGCAUCACAUUGUGAAUCGGAAGUGCUGGAAAGCGCGAGUGGAUGUAGUGAAAUGGAGUACAGGAGUGGUGAUCGGACGGUUAAGAAUUUAAGAGGGAGGAUGAAAGUUACGAAAAUGUUGAUGCAGUUUAUUAGGUGUGGUUCUGUUCCCAUGAAAGGAUUGUGAUCUUGCAGUUUCGAGUUUGGACAAGGGAGUGAAAUGUUGUGACAAGAGAGUAUUAUGUGAUUGUGGUCACUGGUCUGGUUGCAAGUUUGUUCAAGAUGUUUAUGUUUGCAGUUUGUGCUUUGCAGUUCUUUUUGCCAGGUCUGCAGUUUGCAGACAUAUAUAUUCAGAACAUUUUCUACAAUUUUUGAUGAUGAUUAUCUUGUAUGAUUUUUACAUGUUAUCUUUGUUAUAGUGAAUGGUUUACUGAUA